AUGGGCCUGAAAUACUGCGCAACGGCCCAGACAUUAGCUCGUUUGUUCUCUCGCUUUGUUCACACAGCGGAUGAUUGGGAAACAUGUCAUCGCACUGUAGGAGUCCGGCAUGUCAGGAGUCCGGCGUGUCAAGAGUCCGGCGUGUCAAGAGUCCGGCGUGUCAGGAGUCCGGCGUGUCAGGAGUCCGGCGUGUCAGGAGUCCGGCGUGUCAGGAGUCCGGCGUGUCAGGAGUCCGGCGUGUCAAGAGUCCGGCGUGUCAGGAGUCCGGCGUGUCAGGAGUCCGGCGUGUCAGGAGUCCGGCGUGUCAGGAGUCCGGCGUGUCAGGAGUCCGGCGUGUCAGGAGUCCGGCGUGUCAGGAGUCCGGCGUGUCAGGAGUCCGGCGUGUCAGGAGUCCGGCGUGUCAGGAGUCCGGCGUGUCAGGAGUCCGGCGUGUCAGGAGUCCGGCGUGUCAGGAGUCCGGCGUGUCAGGAGUCCGGCGUGUCAGGAGUCCGGCGUGUCAGGAGUCCGGCGUGUCAGGAGUCCAGCGUGUCAGGAGUCCAGCGUGUCAGGAGUCGCGUGUCCGGCGUGUCAGGAGUCCGGCGUGUCAGGAGUCCGGCGUGUCAGGAGUCCGGUCAGGGUCGGCGUGUCAGGAGUCCGGCGUGUCAGGAGUCCGGCGUGUCAGGAGUCCGGCGUGUCAGGAGUCCGGCGUGUCAGGAGUCCGGCGUGUCAGGAGUCCAGCGUGUCAGGAGUCCAGCGUGUCAGGAGUCCAGCGUGUCAGGAGUGCAGCGUGUCAGGAGUCCGGCGUGUAAGGAGUCCGGCGUGUCAGGAGUCCGGCGUGUCAGGAGUCCGGCGUGUCAGGAGUCCAGCGUGUCAGGAGUGCAGCGUGUCAGGAGUCCGGCGUGUCAGGAGUCCGGCGUGCUAGGAGUCCAGCGUGUCAGGAGUGCAGCGUGUCAGGAGUCCAGCGUGUCAGGAGUCCAGCGUGUCAGGAGUCCGGCGUGUCAGGAGUCCGGCGUGUCAGGAGUCCAGCGUGUCAGGAGUGCAGCGUGUCAGGAGUGCAGCGUGUCAGGAGUCCAGCGUGUCAGGAGUGCAGCCCCAUCGUGUCAGGAGUCCAGCGUGUCAGGAGUCCGGCGUGUCAGGAGUCCGGCGUGUCAGGAGUCCGGCGUGUCAGGAGUCCGGCGUGUCAGGAGUCCGGCAGGCUGUAAUGUAAGUAAGAAGAAGGAGGAGGAGAAGAACAAGAACACGGAGAAGAAGGAGAAGGAGAAAGAAGAAAAAGAGGAGAAGGAGAAAGAGAAGAAGAACACGGAGAAGAAAAAUGAGAAGGAGAAGAAGAAGAGGAGAAGGAGAAGAGAAGGAGAAGAAGAAGAAUGA